AUGCGCGUUUCAAUCGCCGCUAUCUUUGCCGCUGGCCUCGCCCUUACGCAAGGUGCUCCCGUUGAUCCGAAUGCCACCGUCUACUUGACCCCUGAUGCUGAGAAGGCUAUAACCGGCCAAUCUCCGAACCCUAACGUCGUCUUUUCGGUGCUGGAAGCAAACAACAUGGUCAAUGACUGUGGCGACUCUACCUUCAUAAACCAGUCCUCAGGCGGCUCUCCGCUUAUAAGCGACUGCCAGCAGAUAACCAGGAACAUUGCCAAUGGUGGUACCUGGGAAGUCGAGGACUUUGGUGGACAGCACCAGCUUGUCCAAUAUGGCACCUGUGCCUUUGGGGUCACUGGUGACAAAUCCAUCAACGGAUUUUACGUCGGCAACUCCGACAUCAUCGACCUGAUCAAUUCGUCCAUCAGCUUAUUUGCAUGGGAAGGGUUAGUUGGGGCCAAGGGCGUGAUGGGUUGCCAAUCACUCACCGGGUUGGUGGGCGGUGCUACUGUUACUUGGGGAUUAUACCAUACCUAG